CCAGGAGAAACGAUGGAGGUAAAUUAUGCCGACUCUGGACAUCCACAGCCAGCCAACAAAGUUGAAGAUAUUGAAGCCAAACCUCCGACAUUUCCGACUACUCAAGAAUUUUCUACAACUGUAAAAAAAGAAUCCUCUCCAAUUCCUAACGCACCAUCAGAUAUGCCAUCUCAAGGCCCUCCUCCACUUGUUAAUGAAGAUCGCGGCCGUGAUCGUGAGAGCGGCUCAUCUCGUCCACGGCCUCGAUCACGUUCUCCUCACGUCGUUCAUAUUCCAGAAGUUCCUCUAGUAGGAGUAUUUCAAGAGGAGAAAGACGAAGAAGAUCCAGAAGUCGCGAAAGAAGCCGUGGAAGAAGAAGAGUGA